CCGAAACCCGGAAGUGAGCGCGGCGCCGCGAAGCUCGGAGACACGGAGGCGCCGCGGGCUCCGCGCCCGGCCGGACCCGGGUCCGAGGUCAUCAUGAUGCCACCGCCCAGAAGCAAGAAGCCCAGAUAGAGGUGUGUGUGGAGCCACCGAUGCUGCCCGGGGCUGCCAUGGAUGGGGACUUCCCUCCGCACGAGCCCCCCCCAACUGGCAGCAUCCUGUACAGUGCCCCCCCGCUCUGCGGGUCCAGUGGGCAGCAUGGCCUUCUGCACUACCCCUGGUGGCCCAGCUUCCAGACCCCCUACCCAGCCCUCUCCAGCCAAAGCCACUCAUUCGUCGUCAACCAGCCCUACCUGGACACCAGUUUCGGGCCUGCGGCCACAGCUCCCAGCUUCCCACCAAAGAACGACUUUCCUCAGGAUUCGUACCUCGAAGACCUGUCCACGGCGUCCAUCCUCUCAUCGCCCGCAGACUCGCUGUCUGACAUCGCUGACAUCCCAGACUUCCCUGCCGCUGACAGCCUCAGCCACGUGCCCACCAUCUGGGAUGUGGUGAACCCUGGGCCCCCUGCCCCUGACAAGCUCUACCUGCCCGGUGGGGGGACUUUUCCAAGACUGGAGGAUGCCAUCUCCUCCCUCCCCAGCACUCCACAUCAUAGCUAUCAGUCUCAGAGUCAGCCUGAGGAGGAGGAAGAGCCCGAGGAGGAGGAGGCGGAAGAGCUGGGCCACACGGAGACCUAUUCAGACUACGUGCCCUCCAAGUCUAAAAUUGGGAAGCAGCACCCGGAUCGCGUGGUGGAAACCAGCACACUGUCCAGCGUUCCCCCGCCAGACAUCACCUACGACCUUGUCUUGCCCUCCUCAGACAGCGGGGUCCUGUCUGCCCUGCAGUUGGAGGCCAUCACCUAUGCCUGCCAGCAACACGAGGUCCUGCUCCCCAGUGGGCAUCGGGCCGGCUUCCUCAUCGGCGAUGGGGCUGGCGUGGGAAAGGGCCGCACGGUGGCGGGGAUCAUCCUGGAGAACUACCUGCGGGGCAGAAAGAAGUCCCUGUGGUUCAGUGUCUCCAACGAUCUCAAAUACGAUGCAGAGCGCGACCUACGGGACAUCGAGGCCUCCGGGAUCGCGGUGCAUGCACUGAGUAAGAUCAAGUAUGGUGACAACACUACCUCAGAGGGCGUCCUCUUCGCCACCUACUCCGCCCUGAUCGGGGAGAGCCAGGCAGGUGGGCAGCAUCGCACACGCAUCCGGCAGAUCCUGGAGUGGUGCGGGGAGGCCUUCGAUGGCGUCAUCGUGUUUGAUGAGUGUCACAAAGCCAAGAAUGCCAGCUCCACUAAGAUGGGCAAGGCCGUGCUGGACCUGCAGAGCAAGCUGCCGCUAGCCAGAGUGGUAUAUGCCAGCGCCACAGGUGCGUCUGAGCCCCGGAAUAUGAUCUACAUGAGCCGCUUGGGUAUUUGGGGCGAGGGCACACCCUUCCGCACCUUUGAGGAGUUUCUGCACGCCAUUGAAAAGAGGGGUGUGGGCGCCAUGGAGAUCGUGGCCAUGGACAUGAAGGUCAGCGGCAUGUACAUCGCCCGCCAGCUCAGCUUCACAGGCGUCACCUUCCGUAUUGAGGAGAUCCCGCUGGCUUCUGCCUUCGAGCUCAUCUACAACCGCGCGGCCCUGCUGUGGGCCGAGGCCCUGGGCGUAUUCCAGCAGGCAGCUGACUGGAUCGGCCUAGAGUCCCGAAAAUCGCUGUGGGGCCAGUUCUGGUCUGCGCACCAGCGCUUCUUCAAGUACCUGUGUGUGGCCGCCAAGGUGGAGCGGCUAGUGGCUCUGGCCCGCCAGGAGCUGUCCCGGGGCAAGUGUGUGGUCAUCGGGCUACAGUCCACAGGUGAGGCGAGGACCCGGGAGGUGUUGGAUGAGAAGGAAGGUCAGCUUGACUGCUUUGUCUCGGCUGCUGAAGGCGUUUUCCUGUCCCUCAUUCAGAAGCACUUUCCCUCCAACAAAAGGAAGCGGGACCGAGGCAGCUGUAAGCGGAAACGGCGGCCACGGGCCCGCGGGACCAAGGCGAGGCUGGUGUGUGAAGCAGGCGGCGUGAUCCGCCUCAGCGAGGACAGCAGCACCGAGUCUGAUGCAGGGCUGGACAGCGACUUUCACUCGUCCCCCGAGUCACUGGUGGAUGAUGACGUGGUCAUUGUGGAUGCCAUCGGGCUCCCAGUUGAUGACCGAGGUCCCCUGCAGCAGCGGGACCCCCAUGGCCCUGGUGUCCUGGAGCGGGUGGAACAGCUGAAGCAAGACCUUCUGGACAAGGUGCGGGCGCUGGGCAGGGAGCUGCCAGUCAACACCCUGGACGAGCUCAUCGACCAGCUCGGGGGGCCAGAAAACGUGGCUGAGAUGACUGGCAGGAAGGGCCGCGUGGUGUCCAGGCCCGAUGGGACAGUGGCCUUCGAGUCCCGGGCAGAGCAGGGUCUGUCCAUCGACCACGUGAACCUGAGGGAGAAGGAGCGGUUCAUGAGUGGGGAGAAACUUGUGGCCAUCAUCUCUGAGGCCACCAGCUCCGGCGUCUCCCUCCAAGCCGACCGCCGGGUCCAGAACCAGCGGCGCCGGGUCCACAUGACACUGGAGCUGCCCUGGAGUGCUGACCGGGCCAUCCAGCAGUUCGGCCGGACCCACAGGUCCAACCAGGUCUCGGCGCCCGAGUAUGUCUUCCUUAUCUCUGAGCUGGCGGGGGAGCGCAGGUUCGCCUCCAUCGUGGCCAAACGGCUCGAGAGCCUGGGGGCUCUGACCCACGGGGACCGCCGUGCCACCGAAUCAAGGGACCUCAGCAAGUACAACUUUGAAAACAAGUAUGGUGCCCGGGCACUCAGCUGUAUCCUGGCCACCAUCCUGAGCCAGGCCGAGAACAAGGUACCGCCGCCCCAAGGCUACCCUGGAGGGGAUGCCGUCUUCUUCCGGGACAUGAAGCAGGGGCUACACUCCGUGGGUAUUGGAGGCAGGGAGUCACGAUCUGGAGGCCUGGAUGUGGAAAAGGAUUGCUCUAUUACCAAGUUCCUGAACCGUAUCCUGGGUCUGGAGGUUCACAAGCAGAACGCGCUGUUUCGGUACUUUUCUGACACUUUUGAUCACCUGAUGCAGCUGGACAAGAAGGAGGGCAAAUACGACAUGGGCAUCCUGGACCUUGCUCCAGGCAUUGAUGAGAUCUACAAGGAGAGCCAGCAGGUGUUCCUGACGCCUGGGCAUCCGCAGGACGGCCAGGUGGUCUUCUACAAGAUCAGCGUGGACCGCGGCCUGAAGUGGGACGACGCGCUUGCCAAAUCAUUGGAGCUGACCGGCCCCUGUGACGGCUUCUACCUCUCCUACAAGGUGCGAGGAAACCAGCCCAGCUGCCUCCUGGCCGAGCAGGGCCGCGGCAAGCACUUCACCGUGUACAAGCCCAACAUCGGGCGCCAGAGCCAGCCCGAGUCCUGGGACAACCUGUGCCGCCGCUUCCGCCUGGUGACGGCAGAGGAGGCCCGGGAGCAUUGGGAGAACAUUUACGCCUUCUCCCUGGAGCACUGCAGUCACAUGGCGUGGAACCGGCAGUGCCGCCUGGUGCAGGAGGGCAAGGACUGCCAGCAGGGCCAGCGGCUGCGGCACCACUACAUGCUCUGCGGGGCGCUGCUGCGCGUGUGGGGCCGCGUGGCUGCCGUCAUGGCCGACGUCACCAACAGCAGCCACCUGCAGAUCGUGCGCCUCAAGACCAAGGACAAGAAGAAGCAAGUUGGCAUCAAGAUCCCCGAGUGCUGCGUGCGCCGAGUACUCCAGGAGCUGCAGCUCAUGGACGCCGAUGUGAAGCGCAAGAACGCGCAGGUCCUGGACUGUGGGGCGCCCCCUGCCCUGCGCCCGCUCACGCUGCCCAGUGGCCCUGGCGAGGUGCUGGACCUCACCUACAGCCCGCCUCCCGUCUUCCCGCCGCCUGCGCCCUUCACCUUCCCGCCGCUGCCGCCCCGUGAGCCUGUGGCUACCGGUGCGCCGCUGCUGGGGAUGCCCGAGCUGCUGGGGGACCCCUCGGGGCUGCUCAACCAGCGCUGCGACAUCAACUUCAAGGAGGUGCUGGAGGAAAUGCUGCGCUCGCUCCAUACUGUGCCCCCCGCCGAGCCCCCCAGUGGCCAGCUGGGCGCGGUAGGGGCUGGAGAGGGGCCUGGCGGGGGCCCGGAGCGCCAGAGCGUCAUACAGUUCAGCCCCCACUUCAACUCCUAGGCUCCCCACUUGUCGCUUGGGCGGCCGCCCCCGUAAAGCCAUGUUUCCUGUAGGGGUGAGGAGUGCCCCAGCGGGGCGUACCUCCCUCCUCCCAAGUGGGUGAUGAGUGAGGCCCGGACCCCCGCAACUACUGAGGAAGUGGGGCCGGGUGCCCCUGGCCCCCUCAGUGCCUUUAUCACCCCGCGCCCCAGGGCCUGGUGUCAGGAAGAAGCAGCUCCCAUUGAUGCUGCCGGCUUGGGCAGACGCCUCAGGGCCCCUGGACCAAGGGUGGGGGACCCUCUCUGUGCCUCUGCUGCCUGUCAGGCCUGGACCGGGGCUCCCCACUGCCACCUUAUAAGGUCGGAUAAGGCCCAGAUCCCUGAAAUCCACAGAACUGGGUGGCCCCAAGGGCUGGAUACUCAGGAAACCCCAGGUGCUCAGGGCCCCGACAUGUCGGGGGCUCCGUGGGGCAAACUCCCCGUUAAUAUAUGCAAUCCCCCUCCUUGCUGUCUGCUCCCUAAGUUAUUACCCAGCCCCCUCGCCUAGGCCAGGGUGGGGGUACUCCUAGUUUCUUAUAUUUAUGGUAAGUUCAGGUGUAUAUAUGUAAAGAAAUCUUUUUUAAAUAUAUGUGCCUUUUCGCUA